UCGCAAAAGAGAAAAGGAUCAGAGAGAACAUGGCUUCCCUCUUCUGCCAGUCCGUGAUACUUCUCUGUGUCUUGAAAAGAGUUGGAUGUCUUGAUUGCGGAGGUUUCAGCACAUUGUCUGCCGAAGAGAGAGGCCAAAUCAUAUUUCCCGGUGCUGACAGGGGAUAUAUUGUUUGGAGUGUUUAUACUGAUGAUAAAUGGCACGUGAUUGCUGAGUUUGGAAAUGUGACUGCUUACGGCAAUGAUCGAUACCAGGGGAGACUGAGAAUCUCCAGUCAGGGUUCCCUUAUUAUAAAUGAUCUGCGCAUCAGGGACACGGGAAGAUAUAGGGCAGACAUAAGAGAUGAUGAUAUGCUGUGUUCUUCUUUAUUUAAUUUCAAAGUGCAAAGAAAAAUAUCAUUGCAGGACAUCAAGAUUAACUAUGUAAUGACUAACAGAGAGCCGUGCCAUAUCAAUGUCUUCUGCACGGUACAUGGAAUAAAAGCCGUUGUUUCAUGGAAUAUCUCACACGGAGAGGGUACAGUGGCACAAUUACCGUUUCCAUCGUGGCAUACUUUUCUUUAUUUUGAUGAGUACAAAGGGAUAAGUGGAUCUGUGCUAAAUGUGAGCAGAGUUAAUCCAGAGCUCACCUACAGCUGCACCGCAAAGACUCGCUUCUGUACAGCAUCCAGAUCUGUAACCCCGUGGGAAUACUGCCAGCAAGGAAAGAUAUCAUCUGAGAAUAUCAAUAUUAACUAUUUAAUUACUGAUGAGGAGGCCUGCAGUGUCAAUGUGUUCUGCACUGUAUAUGGAAUCCCUGUGCCGGUAUCAUGGAACGUUACACAUGGAGUAGGGGCAGUCAAUCAACUGACUUUUCCUCAUAUAGAGUACGGCACUUCUUUUAAUGAAGAAAACAAAAAUAUAUACGGGGCAGUGUUAAAAGUGCUCAAUGCUGACCCAGAGCUCACCUACAGCUGCACGGCAGCCACUGCCACCAAUGCAACAUCCAUAUCUGUGAGACCGUGGGAAUACUGCCAGCAAGGAGGAACCCUGAGAGACAGAAGUUACACCAUAGAGAAUACCAUAAGGCUUGCCCUGGCUGUGUGUAUACUCCUCUCUGGCUCAUUGCUCUCUUACUGCCAUAUCAACACAGAACUCAACUAAUGGCUGUUAUCAUUCCUUUAUAUUAUCCCCCUCUUGGCUAAGUGCCGUUUUC